CAUUACGAGAUUAUUAGCACAAAUCAGUCUCUCACCAAGCGAGCAAAGUACCAUCAACACAUUUUAAACCAGUUUAUCAAACAAUGGAGAACAGAAUACUUGUUGAGUUUAAGAGAAUCGUUCAAAUCGAUUCGACCAAACAGCAAUGUGCAAAUGGCAGUUGGAGAUAUGGUAAUUUUACGGAAUGACAAUUCACGACGCACGUUUUGGAAAUUGGCUAAAGUGGAAAUGUUGCUUCCCAGUAGCGAUGGCACAGUACGGUCAGCUAAAGUUAUGGUUAACGGUGAAAGCGGUAAAUGGAUCACAUUACGGCGACCAAUACAGUAUUUGAUACCCCUCGAAGUACAGGCAAGUGCGACGGACGACAGCUGUGUCCAGAGCCGUGCGGAUCAGCAGAACACAGAAAUAAAAGAUAACGACCAACUACAAAGACGAACACCGAGACGUAAGGCAGCUGUAGUUUGCGAAAUCGUAAGAAGACAACUUAGUUCGUGA